AUGGUCGCCCGAAAGCUCGAUGGCACCGCCAUUGCCAAGGCCAUCCGCGACAGAAUCGGCGCCGACAUUGUCGAGAAGCAGAAGCUCAAUCCUCGCUACCGCCCAUGUCUUAAGAUCAUCCAAGUGGGCGACCGCUCCGACUCCUCAACGUAUGUGCGCAUGAAGCUCAAGGCUGCCGAACAAGCUGGCGUUGCUUGUGAGCUGCUUCACUUCCCAGAGUCCAUCACAGAGUUUGAGCUGCUGCAUCAAAUCCGUCGUCUCAACCAUGAUCCCUCGGUCAACGGCCUCUUGGUCCAGCUCCCCCUGCCUAGCCAUGUCUCCGAGUACAACGUCACGUCCGCCGUGGCCGACGAAAAGGACGUGGAUGGUUUCGGCACCAACAACAUUGGCGAGCUGGCCAAGCGCGGGGGCAACCCCCUGUUCAUUCCCUGCACGCCAAAGGGCGUCAUGCACCUCUUGACCGAAGCUGGCGUCGACGUGGCCGGCAAGUCGGCCGUCGUGCUCGGCAGAAGCAAUAUUGUUGGGAGCCCCGUCAGCUACCUACUCCGCAACGCUGAUUGCACCGUCACUGUGUGCCAUUCCAAGACGGCAGGCCUGCAGGCCUACCUCAAGACGGCCGACAUUAUCGUUGCUGCCAUUGGACAGGCUGAAUUCAUCAAGGGGGAGUGGCUCAAGGAGGGCGUCGUCGUCAUUGACGUCGGCACAAACUUCAUCCCCGACUCCACCAAGAAGACGGGCCAGCGCCUUGUCGGCGACGUCGACUUUGAGUCGGCAUCCCAGACUGCCUCCAUCAUCACUCCCGUCCCCGGCGGAGUAGGGCCCAUGACUGUGGCCAUGCUGCUUCAAAACGUUGUCGAGGCCACCAACCUGUUCUUCGCCAAGGAGAAGCUGCGCAAGACGAUCCCGCUGCCCUUGAAACUCAAGAGCCCCGUGCCGUCCGACAUUGCCAUUUCCCGCAAUCAGACGCCCAAGCAAAUCACUCGCAUCGCCGCCGAGGCGGGCAUCGCUCCGCACGAGCUCGAGCCCUACGGCGCAUACAAGGCCAAGGUGGAUCUCAACCUCCUCAAGAGGCUCGAGCACCGCAAAAACGGCCGUUACGUUGUCGUGACGGGCAUCACCCCGACGCCCCUCGGCGAGGGCAAGUCGACGACCACCAUGGGCCUGGCUCAGGCUCUGGGGGCGCACAUCGGCCGCUUGACGUUUGCCAACGUCCGACAGCCCAGCCAGGGCCCUACUUUUGGCAUCAAGGGCGGCGCUGCCGGCGGAGGGUACAGUCAGGUCAUCCCCAUGGACGAGUUCAACCUGCACCUUACAGGCGACAUUCACGCCAUCACGGCGGCCAACAACCUCCUUGCCGCCGCCCUGGAAACGCGCAUGUUCCACGAGAACACGCAAAAGGACGGCCCCUUGUACAGGCGGUUGGUUCCCGUCAAGAAUGGCGUACGCGAGUUUGCGCCAGUCAUGUUCCGCCGCCUGCAGAAGCUGGGCAUCGAUAAGAGCAAGCCCGACGACCUGACUGAGGACGAGAUCCAUCGAUUUGCGCGGCUGGACAUUGACCCGGAGACCAUCACCUGGAGACGAGUACUGGACGUCAACGAUCGCCAUCUCCGCGGCGUCACCGUCGGCAGCGCACCGACCGAGAAGGGCCAGAGCCGCGAGACUGGCUUCGACAUCUCGGUGGCCAGCGAGUGCAUGGCGAUUCUCGCCCUCAGCACCAGCCUCGCCGACAUGCGGGAGCGCCUGGGCCGCAUGGUGGUGGCCACUUCUCGCAACGGACAGCCCGUCACCUGCGACGACAUAGGCGCGGGGGGCGCGCUGACGGCACUGAUGAAGGAUGCAAUCAAGCCCAACCUCAUGCAGACCCUCGAAGGCACCCCCGUCUUCGUCCAUGCUGGCCCGUUUGCUAACAUUAGCAUCGGCCAAAGCUCCAUCGUUGCCGACAAGCUGGCUCUGAAGCUCGCGGGCACGGAGCCGGACGAGGACCACGGCGAGUCGGCCGGCUUCGUCGUCACCGAGGCCGGCUUCGACUUUACCAUGGGCGGCGAGCGGUUCUUCAAUAUCAAGUGCCGCACCUCGGGCCUCGCACCCGAUGCCGUCGUCAUUGUCGCAACUGUGCGGGCGCUCAAGGUCCACGGAGGCGGACCCCCGAUCGCGCCGGGCGCCGCGCUCGAUCCGGUCUACAAGCAGGAGAAUGUAGAGCUUCUCCGCGCCGGGUGUGUCAACUUGAAGAAGCACGUUGCCAACGCCAGGUCUUUUGGUGUGCCCGUCGUCGUCGCCAUCAAUAAGUUUGCGACGGACACCGAGGCCGAAAUCGCCGUCGUCCGCGAGGAAGCCCUGGCUGCGGGGGCCGAGGAUGCCAUCCUGGCCGACCACUGGGCUCAGGGCGGCAAGGGAGCCGUCGACUUGGCAAAGGGGGUGAUUGCGGCGGCCGAGAAGCCGAGGCAGGAGCUGACGUUGACGUAUGACCUAGAGGGCAGCGUGCAGGCGCGCAUCGAGGCUAUUGGCAGGAAAAUGUAUGGCGCCGACAAGGUCGAGUUCAGCGAGUUGGCACAGAAGAAGGUGGACACGUACACGAGGCAGGGCUAUGGGAACCUGCCCAUCUGCAUCGCCAAGACGCAGUACUCGCUGUCCCACGACCCCGAGCUGAAGGGGGCCCCGACCGGCUUCACGAUCCCCAUCCGAGACGUGCGCAUGGCCGCGGGCGCUGGCUACUUGUAUGCUCUUGCGGCCGAUAUCCAGACCAUUCCCGGGUUGCCUACGGCGCCGGGUUACCUCAACGUCGACGUCGACCCCGAGACUGGCGAGGUUGACGGCCUGUUCUGA